UUCACCGUUUUACUCCCGCCCAACUCGCUCUCUCCUUGCUACAUCUCCCGCUCCACAUCGCGUGCAGCCCAUCACCACUUGCACUCACAACUCUGGGGUCGCGUCCCCUGCGUCCCCCCUCCCAUCUUCCCCCCCACUCUUGUCCUCCCCGUCUCGCCUUGCUGUCCCCCCCGACAAUGUCAAGUUCGGGGCAGGGCUCGCCUAACAUUCCAACCGCGAGCUCGUCCCGACCCAUCCUUCCCGGCCAGAUGCCACAACGCAAGGACAGCUACCCGGUGCACACGCCGAGCGCGCUGUCGCACGUCUCCUCCCCCGGUGCCGGCACCAGCGGGGCGACGAAGCGGCCGUUAGCGCCCGCACCAGGAGGAGAUGCGCGCCCAGAACGGAAACCCACGGACCGGCCACAGAGCAUCACCGACCCGAUCUCGGGAAAGAAGAAGCGAGUCAGCCUCAGCUGUGCCCAGUGUGCGAAGAGGAAGCAGAAGUGUAAUCGCGAGUACCCAUGUCAACACUGUGAAGCACGCAAAGUCCCUGAAUUAUGCGUUCCAUACACACCUGUGCCGAGCAGCUCUGCGCACCAACUCGACCAAGCCACGACCGAGCGCCUCGAGCGUAUGGAGAAUGUUCUCUCCGUGCUCGUGCGCCACAACCCCGGCGUCGGCGGGUAUGAAGCCGUCCGGGAUUGGCUCAACUCGUCUGCAUUCCAGCGCUUCGUGAAUUCGACACCGAGUACGCCCGCCAGCCCGCUGGUGCCGCAGAAGCUCGCGCAGGCGCCGCCCCUGCGCAUCCGCACGGUGAUGGGGCCAAACGACCCACAGCCGAUCCCGCCAGAAGACAUCGAGACGAUGGAGCGCGGCGGCUCGGCCGAGGACGAGGCCCGGGUCGGCAAGGGGUGGCUGGGCGAACUGGAAGGCGGCGUGCCCGAGGGGAUGCGUAUCGACGAGAACAUCACGAUGCGGAUGGACGUGCAUGGCACGCCUGCUGAGAAUCUACAGCAGCUGAUCCGCGACUGCGGCGUCAGCCCACAUAAGGUCCAGGAGCUCAUCCAGGAGCUGCCCCCGAAGCCAUUUGCGGACAGGGUGAUCGACUGGUAUUUCCAGCACUUGAAUCUUGUGCGGUACCCUAUUGACGAGCGCCUCUUUCGGACAUCAUACGAGGACUUGUAUUCCAAGCAGCGAAGUGUGGACCCUGCCAACUUGCGCGCCCUCCCCCUCGUCUUCAUCGUGCUGGCCAUGGCUGUGCGCCUCGCGCCAGACCACUGGGCAGGCGAUGACCAGACGCGCAAAAUAUCCAGCCUGCGGAUGUACUGGAGCUCGCGGCGCAGCAUCCUGAUCGCGACGGCGCUCGAGUCCGAGUCAAUCGAGCUGGUCCUCACGCGCCUCCUGAGCGCCAUUUACCUCGUGCAGAUCCACGACCGCCGCCUGACCGAGUGCUGGUCGCAGCUCGGCGCGUCCCUCCGCACUGCUCAAGCGAUCGGGCUGCACCGCGACGGCUCCAAGCUCGGCCUCGACCCCUUCCAGACAGAGUACCGCCGCAGACUUUGGAGCUACCUGUACCACGCGGACCGGCUGUACUCGCUCAUCCUGGGGCGGCCGCCGAGCAUCGGCGACGCGUACGCGGACACGCUGCCGCCGUCGAAUGUCGAGCUGUCCGAGUUCAAGCUCGCGGGGCCGAACAACCCGCCCGGCCCGGCACCACAGGCUCGUCCGCUCUCUGAGCCGACGACCGCCACCUUCCUAAUCCUUCGCCGCAACCUUAGCGGCAUCAUCGGACGCAUCGUGCACCACUUCCAGAAACUCAACGAGCCGGCGCAGUACGCCGAUGUCCAGCGCCUCCAGGACGAGCUGGAACAUUUCACCAACACGCUUCCACCCCAUUUCCGGAUGCGCGAGCCCGACAAGAGCCUCGACAAGCAGUACUACUGGCUGCCCGUGCACCGAUUUAUGCUGCUCACCGAGGUGCUAGUGACGACGAUUAUUUUGCAUCGCCCCUGGCUUCUGCGCCGUCUCUCGAGCAACCGCUACGCGGCGAGCCGCACAGCGUGCUUCGAGAGCGCGAAGCUCGACUUCCAAAUCCGCCAGGACUUCCAGCGCGAAGUGCCCGACUUCAAGCUGUUCGCGAUCACGGGCCAGUUCAAGAUGUUCAACAGCGCGAUGAUCGCGGGCAUCUCGGCGAUCAUUGACCCGCGCGGCCCGGACGCGGACCAGAUGCGCCGCAUCCUCACCACCUUCCUCGAGCAGCACCCCUGGUCCGAGGUGGCGGGGCUGGACGAGACGACGCGCAAAGAAGUGCAGAUCAUCCACACGCUGAGCCGCCGCGCGGCGCAGAUCUUCGAAGACACGAUGGCGCCCGGCGAGCUCAACGCGCAAGACAAGGACUCGGUCUCGCUCCUGCUCGCGCUGCGGCAGGGCGAGCUCAUGGAACCGGGGUUCGGCACGCCCGUGCCGACGCCGAGCGCGACGCCGGGGCCCGGCCCCGCGGGUGCGGGCGCGGGGCGGCGCCCGCCACCGCCCACGCCGUGGGCGCGCUUCGCGGCCAACAUCCAGUCGCCCGCGUCGAGCGGGCACGAGGAGGACCACUCGCAGCGCCUCCUCGACCAGUGGUUGAGCGCGAACGCGAGCCUCGCGGGCGGCGGCAUCGGCGGGCCCGCACUUGCCGUCGAGCCCCCGUCGUCAGGCGUCGGAUACCUUAUGGCCGGGCUCGGGGGGAUGGCGCCCGUGCCCGCCAGCUUUGGGCCGGGGCCCGGCACGCCGGGGAGCUUUAGCGCAAGCCAGACGCCCGUGCAGCUCGGCGGGUUCGUGUGGCCGCAGCAUGGAGACGAUGCGCUUAAUGCGCCUAGCGUUGACAGCUCGUUUGCGUUCCCCGUACCUGCGACCGGGUUGGACGGGACUGUGCUGGGCGUCGGGGGGGAGGCGGGCGUCGAGAACAGCGACGAGUAUUGGAACACGCUCAUUGACGGCAUUCUCGGUACGACAGGGGCAAACAGCAACAUGGCGGCGGCGAGUGGAGGGAAUAACUCGUAGAUAUUAGAGCGGAGUGCGAUGAGGACGAGCAAUCAGGUCAACAGGGAGUCGAAGUAUCCUCAUGUAUCUUGCACAUGCACCCUACUCUUCAGUGCUGCUGUGAGAAGCGUGUGAAACAGUGCAUAAACAGAUCAACGUGUAUGGUAUCCGGGUCAUAAUGCAAUCGUACAGUUCGUGCUAAUGUAGGUUGAUACAGGUAACGGCCAGUGGUGGAGGCGAUGCG